GAAUACGUCUGUAAUUCUUCAAAAUAUAGAGAAAUUAAAGUUUAUAUAUUGGAAAUCAUUUUUAACGUCAAUUGAAGUGCAUCAUUCCUAAAAUCAGUCGAUAAUUUCAUCAAAAUUGAAACGCACGAAAUGAAUCGAGGCAACUAUAAUGACUACAACGAUGAUAAUGGCGAUUAUUAUCGGAAACGAGACCGAAACACACGAGAUGAUGAUCGAUAUUACAGCAGCAACUCUAGAAGAGAUAGAGAUCGUCGACGUUCGCGAUCAAGAUCUCGAGAUGGAUAUAAAGACAUAAAUGACGAUGAUUCGUGGUCGUCAUCAAACCGGGAUAAACAUUACGACCGUCGUAAUCGUGAAAGAGAUCGGGAUAGAAGAAAUUAUGAUCGUCGGGAUUAUCGUAAACACGGAUCAUCGAACUAUGAUAGCGAUGAAAGUGAUGGUGGGAACAGUUACAGUAGUGAACCUAAUAACAAAAUAAUUGUUAGAGGCUUAGCACCUCAUAUAACUGAAGCUGAUAUUCAAUGUGACUUGAUUCAAUGCGGCCUCAAAGCAGUUUCCAUAAGACUUAUCCGUAAAAAACGCACAGGAGAAUCCCGAGGCUUCGCGUUUGUGGCAUUUCAAACAAUUGAUGAAGCUCGUAAAUGGCUCGAGAUGAAACAGGGCGUUCUAAUCUUGCAAGAUCAAUUUCGAGCGAUGAUUCAAUACAGCUUUACAAAAGACACAGAUCAGUAUGAUAAAAUGCCAACUGAUUGGUAUUGCAAUUGUGGUGUCUUCAAUUUUAAGCGUCGUGACAAUUGCUUCAAAUGUUCAGCAUCGAGGGAAGAAAGCGAGAAAGGUGGCGAAGGUUCCGAUGAGAUCAGCAAUAUUCUCACAAAAAAGAUUAUGUUCCGUAAUUUGGAUGCUUUAACAAACGAGGAAAAAGUUUUAACAGCGUUACAAGAGAAAAUUCCCGAACAAGUUUCAAAAGUUUCAAAAAUACUCAUUUGUCGUGAUCCAUUAACUCAAAUUUCACGAGGCAUUUGCUAUUUAAAUUUUGAUAAUCUUGUUGAUUCGAUGAACACAUUUCAAGCGUUAGAGAAGCUUAAAGGAUUACAAAUUGAGAAUCGUGAAGUUUCAUUUAGUUAUUGUGUUGAUUCCGAGAAUCGUAACAUUGGGAAGCCAACGAAUAAUUCACGUCGUGAAACAAAUAAUGUCGCUCAACAUCAAACAACAAAUGAUUCACAUCAAAAUGCUUACGCUGCUAGCUAUCAAUAUACGUUAGCUGAUGUUCCAAAAUUAGCUGAACAAGCUGCAAGCAUGUACGCUCAAAAUACUACCGAAAGACAAAGUUACGUCCAAUACUACACCGAUUAUUAUACAAAGCAAAUCACACAGGGACUCAGCACAUCACUUCCAGCAUACUCUCAAUAUGAAGCUCAUUCAGGUGCAUCAAUAGCACAAUCUGCUAUCGAAAGAAAGCAUAAGAUGAAAGCAACUGAACCAGCGGCGCCACCGCCAGGAACUGCUGCUUUGUAUCCAACACAACAAGUUGAAACGCCGAAAGGAAACGAUGGCAAAAAAUAUCCGACACCCGAUACGAGCCUUUUCACGUAUGAUGAGUCAUCAGGAUAUUACUUCGAUCCAUCGACAAAUCUCUACUAUGACAGUUCCUCACAAUAUUUCUACAACAGCGAAAUAAAUCAGUUCAUGUAUUGGGAUCAACAGAAGUCAACUUACAUUCUUGCACCUUCGACAAUUGAUGGUAAUGGAACCAGUGCAACAAAUGCUGCUGCAUCAAACAAUCAACAGAAACCACCACCACCUCCUGCUGAUGAGAAAGACAAGAAAUCAAAAGAUCAGCCUCAAGACAAAGUCAAAGUCGCCAAAAAAAUUGUCAAAGACAUGGAAAAAUGGGCGAAACAAUUGAAUCAGAAGAAAGAUUACACGCCAAUUUCAGUUCAACAACAAGCACGUUCUGAUGAUUCACAAUCGCCACCAGCUCCAACAUUUUCAUCGUCUUCAACUUAUGAAGCAGGAAAAGCAGCUGACGUUGGUUUUACUAUUCUUGAGAAGAAAGAUCGAUCAUCGUUGUCAGUUCUGAGUGGAAACUCAUCAGGAACACAAGCGAAGAUGGUUUUGCCUUAUCAUUCCGACUCAGAUGAACACGAAGAUCAAGCAGCGAAUUCAUCAAUUGCAGCUGGACAUGCAUUAAGCGAGAAAGAUUACGUUGAUUUUGAUAAAUUGACUUGUAUGUUGUGUAAACGCGCAUUUCCAUCAGCUGAUGUGUUGAGUAAACAUUUGAAGAUGUCGAACUUGCAUAAGGAAAACCUUCACAAAUAUAAAAUGACUCAAGGAAUUUUAGAGAUUGGAGGUGGAAGUUCAGCUCAAAACUAUCGAGACAGAGCGAAAGAACGUCGUUUGAAAUAUGGUGAAGCUGAUCCAGUUCCAGUAAAUCGUUCAAAAGAAAGAUUUCAAAGAGAAAUGGAAAAACAAGCUUCAAUUGCGCACACUUAUCAAACAUCAGCAGUCGCCGCAGCACAACCGAUUAGUGAAGGAAACAUUGGAAACAAAUUACUUCAAAAGAUGGGCUGGAAAGCUGGCAGUGGUCUUGGAAAGACAAAUCAAGGUCGAACAGAGAUAAUUGAGGCUGAACAACGUGUGAGUAAUGCUGGCUUAGGAAGUAAAAGUUCCAGUUAUGGAGCUGGGCCUGGUGAUGAUUACAAAACUUACAUAAAGAAAAUGAUGAAGAAGCGUUAUGAAGAAGUUGAAUAAAUAUUUUAUUCAGUUUUUCAUUUCAUUUUUGUGCGAUUUACAAAAAAUAUUUCGGAAAUAAAGUUUCAUUUGUACUGAAGUUUAUUCUGUUUCUAAUUGACUCCUAAUUAUUUUUUAUGUUAAACACAAGUUUUUUCAAACAGUUAACAAAUUAUAUUCACAGUUGGAACCUUUUUAACAAUAAUGCUAGCAUUAGAAAGCACAUCAAGAGCGUCUUGCUUGGGUUCUAAAUCAGAAUAAAGUUGUCGCAAAUGUGGAAAAUUUGAUACAAAAAGUUGCGCUUCGUUAACAUUCAAAUGAAGAUCUGAGAUAGUUAAAGACUCCAAUGAAUAGGCGAGUGGCAUCAACAUUCCAAUAAUUUCAUCGAACGUUAAUGGUUCAAUAUUAAGCCAGACGCUCUUGAUUGUAUUAUUGAAUUUGAAAAAUUGUGUGAGUUGCUCUAAAGAUUUCUUUUCGCUCAACGCCAUAAACUUGAAUGUUGUCAAAGCUGGAAAGUUGAAUAGAAUAUUCCCAAGUGAUUCUGGUGAAAUUGUGAUGUCCAAUGACUCCAAAUCUUUGAGUACUUUGAUAUCUUUAAAUUGAGUAGAAUUGAGCUCUUUGCAUUCAAAUCUAAAUUUCUUUAUCUUCGGGAAUAAUCGAGUGAAUAUUUUAAGCAAAUCAGAUUUGUCAUCUUUACAUUUGAUGUAUGUCAAAUCAAUCAUUUGAUUAUUGACGAAUUCAGUAUUAAAUUCGUUAUCUUUAAUGUUUUCAGUUGACUUCAUAUAUUUUGUGCUAAUUUGAAAUGAAGUUAAUUGUAAAUUUUUCGUAAGCAAAUGAUGCAAUAUGCCAGUAAAACUGAGCAAUGUUUGCGGAUCAUUUGAUCGAACCCAUUCACUGAGACCGAUGAGUUUAAGUUCUUUCAAAUUUUUUUGAGAUUUAAGAAAUUUCUCACAAAAACUGAAAAUGUCCCAUUUGACGUUGUUCAAGGUAAGAACUUCUAAUUGAAAUGGAACUGAAGAAAGACGAUCAGAUGAAUAUGUGCUGUUGAAACGAAAGUUCUUCAUUUUUAAUUCCUUGAGUUUUUUAAAUUUGAGAAGAAAGUUUUCAAAUUCUUGAACGUCUGGUCGAGCGUAUUCAGGAUCGUAAAUUUUUAAACUUUCAAUAUUUUCAAGAAGAAAAUUUUCAUCGUCUGUGUAAUUGCUGUACAUCUCGAAAUUAUUGACAUUUGUAUGAGAUUUAAACAAAAGUAAACAGAAGAAAUCACAUCGACUCAACAUUAACUUUUUCAGAUUUGAACAUUUAAGUGUGUUAACAUAAGAAUCAGUUGGAACGAUCUCGUCAGAGAACAUAAUCCUUGCAAAUGUACAUUCCUUUAAGUUGACAUAAGGUUGCAAAAGUGCUACAAAGUCAUCUCGCAAUACACUGCAAUCUACAAUUUUUAAAUUUUGUAUAGUUUCUGAAAGUCUCGUGUUGAAUUCCAUAAAUUCUGAUUUUGUUCGAUGAGCGUGAUGAAGAUAAUUGUCACGCAAUCUAAAAAUUGUAAGAUUUCGAUAGCGUCUCGUCAACGCUGAAGAGUUUUCAAUCAACUUAUCAAUUUUUGCAAGACUACGAUCAGUUGGCAUAGCAGGAAACUUAAAAGCAACAUUAAUUUUAUCUAUAAGCAUUGAAGAUGACGAAAUUAUUUCAUUCAAUCUUGAACACGAUUCUGAUGCAUUUAGCAGACUUUUGACGUCUAAAUAUCCCAGAAUAUCGAUCCAAAUGUUGUCGGUAAGAUGUACCCAUUCUACAACAUAUUGAUCAAUUUCCAUACAAUUGUCUGAGGAGCUGCAAUCGUUUAACAAUCCAUCAAUUUCCAUCAUUUCGAAAAAAUUAUAUCAUUUGUUUGAAUUAAGAAACGUUCACUAAACAGUAGUUUUCUUCUUGUAUUUCACAAUUUUAGUUAAUAUUCUGAUUUUAUUUAGGUACCCG